AUGAAGUACAAAUUCGAAAUAAGCAUACUCGAAGUUCAAGGACUUGGAGACGGUCCAUUUGAUUAUACAAUAGCACUUGAUUCCACCGAGCAGCAGCUUUUUGACACCGAUACCUUUGAGAUCUAUGGGGAAGGAAACUUUUCUCUUGGAAUUCAAAAAGCAGAUGAAGGCCUCUGCGGAUUUAAAAUUCCUAUGAAUGUAUUGCAUGGCUAUAAAACGAAAUGAUUCCCAGUCAGCUGCCCAUAUAUUGAACUAACAACCUUACUCCCCCCUCCCUCCGUAAGUGAACAAAAAAUUUUGUUCACUCACGGAGGAGGGUUAAUUUUUUUUUUUUAAAAAAUUUAUAUAUAUAAAUUUUAUAGAAAAAACAAUUUUUUCGAAAUUUAAAAAAAAUCCUAAUUUGCAAAAAUUGGGAAGCAAAUAUUAAUUUAAUUUAUGUUUUAAAACGCAAUUUGUUUAAAAUUAAACAGAAUUAGCUCGAGAUUUCAUUAUACUAAUUAUCACUUAUAUAUCAAUUUUUUUUUCCAUAAAAAAUUUUUUCUAUUAAAAAAAAUUUUGUUAACUCACGAGGGUGGUUUUUUGGGCAAAAAAUAGGGAUUUUUCUAAUGGUUUUGUUCACUCACGGAGGUGGGGAAGUUAGAUUGUGAUAUCGGCACUCCAUGUGUUCUUCUAUCUAUCACAGAAAUAACAGUAUUGUCCCCUGUAAUAGAAAGAAGAGAAAUAAGCGAAUGCUCUAGAAAUACCAGUCCGGUUAUGUGCUCACCUCAAAAUUAUGUGUCAGAAUUAAUGCCUGACAUUCAAAAUGAAGCAAAAUUCGCGUAUAAUAGCUCAAUUAAGCUUGAGCUUGAGCAGAAAGAGCUGUUUACUGUCCAUCUCAAAGAUUUACUUUAUGCUUCCAAAGAAGAAACAACAAAGUUAAGAACUGCUUAUGGGGAUAUCAUAAUAAUAAAAUGGCUACGUUCGGAAAUGGUUUUCUCAUGAAAGUUUCCCUCUCGCGAGUUUUAUUAUUAUGGUGUUCGAUUUAUUUGAUGCACUUUAUCCGUAAUGUCAAUAUGGCUAAUCGCAUAGGGUAAGACAUACUGGCCAAGGAAUUUAAUACGUAUAUGAGCUUACCACUUGGCACACCCAAGGGAGGGUGACCCUUAAGUGGAAUACGCGCAAGAGUCAAAUUAAAGGCGAGGAAGUGUGUCCUGUGUGUGGGUUUUGGCCACUCAACGAAUUGCUGUUUCGGAAUGUUCUCCUAUUUUGAUGACUUCGGUACUUAUGGCAUCGACCCUUUUUGGCCAGGAAUUGUCCGGAAUUCUCUGCUUGAACUUAAUAGGAUGGGGCCCAUGAAUGCCUAAAUCAUUCUGCUGAAGAGACUGGCAUUUUAAGCACUAACUCCUCCUCCUCCGUGAGCGAACAAAAACGUGUAUAUAUAAAAAAUUUUUAAAAAAAUCCCAAUUCGGAUAAAUUGGAAUGCAAAUACUUAUUUAAUUUGUAAGAUUUAUGUUUAAAAUGCUAACUAAACAGAAUUAGCUAAGAUUUCAUUACAAUAAUUAUCAUUAUAUAUCAAAAUUAUUUUUUAAGCAAAUAUUUUGGUUUGCUCACAGGUUUUUGGGCAAAAAAUAGGAAUCUUUCCAAUGGUUUUGUUCGCUGAUUUAUGAGAGAAUAAGUAAUUAAUGCAAUGCUUAUGGGGACAUCAGGGAGCAAAUGAACGAGUGUCUAAACGAUUUUCAAGAGAAAAAAUCGGAGCUUAUAAAAGAAAUUGAGGAGGCUAGAGAGGAAAAAUCCAAAGCUGAAGCAAAAAUAUCUGCUUUAGAAUUGAGAAUCAUUAAGCUUGAAAGUGAAAAUUUGAAAUUAACUCACCAAAUUUCACAUAAUAACAGGGUCUUCGAAUUUAAUCAAAAAUCUGAGCAAGAAGAUUUGGAAGGUAAACUGAUUGAGUCAGAAAAUGAAAGGAAAAAGUUGCAGGAAGCAUUAAUUUCUGCGCACGCCCAAUGGGAAGGAAAAACAGUUUCUUCAAAUGGUCAUCUUGAAAAAGAAAAUCAGUUACUUGAAGACAAAAAUAAAAUUCUAUCAGAAAGGCUGCGAAAUGCUGAGUUUCAGCUAAAAGAAAACGCAACAAAAGUGAGUGAGCAGCACUAUUUAAACCAAAUUCACUCACUAAAUAGCAAAAUCUCGAACUUGCAAAAUGAAAACGAGUCCUUACAGCAGCAAUCUCAGGAAUUGCUAUAUGAAAAUAACCAAUUCAGAGAUGCUUUAGAAAAACUAAAAUCAACAAUAAUAAAGCAAGAAGAAGAAAACUCAGAACUUUCUGAACAAUUGAAAUUGGCAAUCGAAAAUAUAUCAACUUCGAGAAGCAGCAGAACAGAUGUUGAUACUGAGCUGAAGGGCUAUUUAUUGAAAAUUGGAAUAAAAAAUCCAUUUGUAAAAAUAUCAGAAGGACUCUAUAGUUUGGGCAAUAAAAAGUUCAGUAUAAGUUUAAGAAAUGGAGCACCAGUGAUAAGAGUAGGAGGCGGAUAUAUGUUUAUUGAAGAAUUCCUUAAAAUCUAUUUGACUCAAACCAAGAAAAAAUCAGAAGAAGAUGAAAACCCAAAGCGAUCAUUAAGCUCUGAGCCAAAGCUCGGCAAAGGCAAAACCCUUGAGCCUCUAUAUAAGGACGAUUGUGAAAAUAACAUGUCAAUGAAUGAAAUUAUUAACAUGACUCCUGUUCAAACUCCAUUAAAGUCUGAUUCUUCAUGCAAAGACUUGAAAAAACAAAUGGCAUUAGGCUGCAAAGCCAAAAUUUUGAACCAGGUCCCUAAGCUCCAAACUUCUUUGAGAGAAUAUACACCUCUGUCAUCAAGAAGAGUGAAAAUACCAAAAUAA